GACACACCGCAACCAGACCAAAUAUUGCAAUAUAUUACAUCAGCAUUUUAUCUAUAAAAAAUUGUUUAUUUUCCCUUAAAAGUUAACAGCAACAGUUCAUUUAAGUCCAUUGCUAAAAGUGAAAAAGAAUCGACAAAAUGGCCAACGAAGAAAUACACACUCAAAUGGCUGCUAUUUAUAUUAGUGAAUCCGGUGAUGAUACUGUCGGUGAUGGAUCACAAACAAAACCAUUAAAAACAUUGCUUGAAGCUAUGCGUCGAGCAAAAACCGAACCAUUUCCACCAUUCUAUGCUGAUUCUGUUCCUGAUGAUAAUGAAAAAACAGAACAAAAAGAGAAAUGGACAUUGGUCAGUCAAUCACAGAUUAAAAAAAUCAAAAAAAUCUGGAUAAGAGAUCAGUACAAAAAUAAAGAUAAAAACGAGAAAAAAGAAUGUGAUGAUCAGGAACGACAAAAAAGACUGGAAGAAUCGAAAGGCAUACAUAUCGAACAGGACACGUCAUUGCCGGUUGCUGAACGUAUCAAAAUUAAAGCGGUUAAAUCGAUGCAAGAUAAACGGGUACAGAUAUACGGUUGGGUACAUCGACUUCGUCGACAAGGUAAAUCAUUAAUGUUCAUCAUUCUUCGUGAUGGAUCUGGAUUUCUCCAAUGUGUCCUUUCCGAUCUGCUUUGUCAAACAUAUGACGCACUCGUAUUGCAAACCGAAUCAUCUGUUGCCAUUUAUGGAACUCUACUUGCAUGCGAUAAAGCUAUCGGUGGUAUUGAAUUAAAAUGCGAUUAUUGGGAAUUGAUUGGUAACGCACCACCGGGUGGUAUCGAUCAUGUUUUGAAUGAAGAAUCUCAGGUAGAUGUUCAACUUGAUCAACGGCAUUUGAUGCUUCGAGGUGAAAAUCUUUCCAAAAUAAUGGCUUUUCGGGCUAUACUGUUACGUGCAUUCCGUGAUCAUUAUGAAUCACGUGAUCAUGCUGAAAUCACACCUCCCACUAUGGUUCAAUCACAAGUAGAAGGUGGUUCCACUUUGUUCAAAUUUGAUUAUUUCGGUGAAGAAGCUUUUCUAACACAGUCAUCACAACUGUAUUUGGAAACCGUACUAUCAUCGUUAGGUGAUGCAUAUUGUAUUGCUCAAUCAUAUCGAGCCGAAGCUUCACGUACACGACGUCAUCUUUCCGAAUACACUCAUGUCGAAGCCGAACGUGUAUUUAUCACGUUCGAUGAUCUACUCAAUUCGAUAGAAGAUUUGAUUGUCGACGUUAUCGAACGUGUUAUGGCCAAUCCAACUGGUAAAGAGUUGCUUCUAUUUUUCAAUCCGGAUUUUAAACCGCCGAAAAAACCAUUCAAACGAAUGAAUUAUUCCGAUGCAAUCGAAUAUCUAAAAGCUAACGAUAUACGUAAAGAUGAUGGUACAUUCUAUGAAUUUGGUGAAGAUAUACCCGAAAUGCCUGAACGUCGUAUGACCGAUAAAAUUAAUGAACCAAUAAUGUUGUGUCGAUUUCCGGCACAAAUUAAAUCAUUCUAUAUGCCACGUUGUAAGGAGGAUAAUCGUCUUACAGAAUCUGUUGAUGUUUUAUUACCCGGUGUCGGUGAAAUUGUUGGUGGAUCUAUGAGGAUCUGGAACUAUGAUGAAUUGAUCCAGGGAUUUAAACGGGAACAGAUUAAUCCUGAAAAAUAUUAUUGGUACACUGAUCAACGUUUGUUUGGUACAGCACCACACGGUGGUUAUGGUCUUGGUCUUGAACGUUUCAUAACUUAUCUUUUGAAUCGUUACCAUAUUCGUGAUGCUACACUUUAUCCACGAUAUAUUUCACGUUGUACGCCUUGAACAUUGUGUCAUUCAUGGC